UAUCCUUGAAGUUGAAGGAGUUGACCUUCGUGGUGCCACUCAUGAAAAAGCUGUUGAAGUCAUCAAGAAGACUGGAAAUCCUGUUACUUUUGUUGUGCAAAGUCUUGUGCAAUGGACACCUGCCAACUCAGCGCCUCCUUCACGUGAUGUAAGCCGCCUGGGCACUCGGAUGCCUAACUCCAUCUCUCCUGCUAGAACACCAACUCCAGAACUCAUCCAGCCGGGUUUGCCGGACCACAAGAAGCAGGAGAUCCAGGCUAAUCUACACCAUCCUCUGAACCGCCGUCAGACCACAGAAGAUUCCGAGGAUGAGGUUGACGAUGAGCGUUAUGAACAGGGUCGCAUCGAGACCAAGAAGGGCGUGGAGAUUGAUCGAGCUAGUGCUGGUGCCAUCAGACGAUCCAAGGCAGAAAAGUCUGCGGAUCAGGAGGAAGAGGAUGAAUUUGGAUACACCAAAAAGAAAAUCGCGAAGAAGUAUGGCGACCUGAAAGGCGAAGUGAUUCUGGUGGACCUGCAGAAAGGCGCCAACGGCCUGGGCAUCUCCCUGGCCGGUAACAAGGACAGGACCCUCAUGUCGGCCUUCAUCUGCGGUCUCAACCCCAACGGCAACGCCUUCAAGGAUGGGCGGCUCAGGGUGGGCGACGAGAUCCUCGAGGUUAACGGCAAUGUCAUCUACGGUCGCUGCCAUCUUAACGCCUCCAGCAUCUUCAAGGGCAUCCCAGGACCCACCGUCAAGGUCAUCGUACUCAGGAAGAAGACCGGCCUACAGGAGAUGGCCAUUAAGCCCAUCACCCAGUUCCCGGUCACGCUGGAAGACGAGGUAAGUGUCCCCGGUUUUUCUGUUCCGGUUUCUUUCUCCGGUUCUUGGAUGUAUUUUUUUAGCGACGCGGGGAAAACGGGAUUUAAAAGAAUAUGUAUAAUUGUAUGUAAUUUUUUUCUUCUUACACACGCGGGAUGACGAUUUUUUGGGAGG